CGGUCCUCGGCGUCGCCCCGCGCCCCGCCCCGCGCCCCCGGGCGCCCCCCGCCCUCCUGCCAUGGAGCCCGAGGGGCGCGCCCGGGACCGGGUCCCCAGGAUCGAUCCUUACGGGUUCGAAAGGCCUGAAGACUUCGAUUAUGCAGCCUAUGAAGAGUUUCUUUCCACCUAUCUGGUGAUCCUCACCAGACGCGCCAUAAAGUGGUCAAAGCUUCUCAAGGGCAGCAGUGGUGUCCAGAGGAGUGGGACAGUGAAGCGCUACAUCCGGAAAGGUGUCCCCCUGGAGCACCGGGCCCGCGUCUGGAUGGGCGUGAGCGGAGCCCAGGCCCAGAUGGACCAGAACCCUGGCUAUUAUCAUCGACUCCUCCAGGGAGAGCGAAGUGACAGGCUGGAGGAGGCCAUCAGGACAGAUAUGAAUAGGACCUUCCCCGACAAUGUAAAAUUCCGGAAGAACGCAGAUCCCUGUUUACAAAAGACGCUGUACAACAUCCUGUUGGCCUACGGGCGCCACAAUGAAGGUGUGGGCUAUUGCCAGGGGAUGAACUUCAUCGCGGGCUACCUGCUCCUCGCAACCAAGAGUGAGGAAGAGUCCUUCUGGCUGCUGGACGCGCUCCUGGGAAGAAUCCUGCCCGAUUACUAUGGUCCCGCCAUGCUGGGCCUGAAGACAGACCAGGAGGUCCUGGGGGAGCUGGUGAAGACCAAGCUGCCGGCGGUGGCGGCCCUGAUGGACGGGCACGGUGUCCUGUGGACCCUGGUGGUAUCCCGCUGGUUCAUCUGCCUGUUUGUGGACAUCCUGCCUGUGGAGACGGUGUUCCGAAUCUGGGACUGUUUGUUCAAUGAAGGAUCCAAGAUUAUCUUCCGGGUGGCCCUGACCCUAAUUAAACAGCACCAGGGCUUUAUUUUGGAAGCCACCAGUGUGGUGGACAUCUGUGAGAGGUUCAAGGAGAUCACCAGAGGGAGUCUUGUGACCGACUGCCACACUUUCAUGCAGAAAAUCUUCUCAGAGCCUGGAAGCUUGUCCAUGGCCACCAUCACCAGGCUUCGUGAGAGCUGCAGGGCCAAGCUGCUGGCACAAGGCUGACCGGAGGACCCCUUGUCCACCACCUGCCCUCGGCGAGGCUUCAUUUCUAGGGCUGACCAGUUCUGACUGCUUCCUUUUCUAGCGCUGUGAAUACUUGGUGUUCUUAUACUUGUGAAUUUCUUAAAGGAAUGAUGUAGCUGUGGACACAGUAAUGGGCUACAGAAUCAUAAAUUUCUAAAAAUGUAUUUUUACUUGAGAUGUUCAGUUAUAAAAUGAGAUGUAUUUAUAAUAAAGUAUGUCAACACCUAUGA